AAUGUGACUCCGCACGGAUGGACUGUUCGCCCGAUUUAGUUAAAAUAUAUUCAAAAAUUUGUCAUCGCGCCUUGCAACUACGCCGUGUUAGAGAGAGAUAUAUCCCCUAUACCAUUUUCGCGUUUAGUCGCCCUACCGAAGAUGCAUGUCCACAGUCUAGCUGAAUUUACAGAUCCUUCAAAUUAUGCCGUCAAGGCCUAAAACUAGAGCUUCUACACAGUAUCCUAGGUAAACACACGUACCGUAUGGGACAUCGCGACCCGAAAGACCGAUUAAAGUUACUGAUGCAGCAUAUAUGAUGGGUUGUCGUAAUUGAUGGUGGUGUACGGAACGUUCUACUAUGUAACUCAAACCAAAAGAUUCCCCGGGUCUUAAGCCCGUUACGUCCGAGUGAAGUAUAUAGAGAUGUAUAAUUAAGUCUAACAGCUUCACAUCUAAAUCGUUGCUUCGUACUGCCACUCCCUUUUUACAAUAUCACACACUUCAACAUACAAGAUCUUCGAAAUGUCGUAUUCUAAGUGCUGUCUCAAAGGCUUCGAAUGGAGCGGAACUCCGAGCGGGAAGACCGGGAAGAUCGCUGAUAUCAACACCUACAUCGCGGGUGACAACGCCGACGCUGCCAUACUGCUCAUCCACGAUGUCUUCGGCUGGACCUUUCCCAACUUACGCCUGCUAGCGGACCACUUCGCUCGCGAGAUCAACGCGACUGUCUAUCUUCCCGACUUCUUCGGCGGUGAGGUCAUCGAGCCGACUCCCGCCAUCUUAUCCGGAGACUUUAGUGGUUACGACUUCGCAGGCUUUAUGGUGCGAAACUCCCGCGAGGCCCGAGAGCCCGAGAUCUUUGCCGUCGCGAAGGCGCUGCGUCAGAAGUACAAGAAAAUUGGCGCCAUCGGCUAUUGUUUCGGAGGGUGGGCUGUAUUCCGGCUGGGAGCCAAAGAGCACAGCCCCCCUCUAGUCGACUGCAUCUCAACUGGACAUCCGUCCCUGUUAACUAAGAAGGAUAUCGACGAGGUCGCGGUGCCCGUGCAACUUCUGGCCCCUGAGCACGACUUUAUGUACUCCGAGGAGCUGAAGAGUUACACAUUCGACAAAGUUUCUAAGUUAGGAGUCGAGUUCGACUAUCGCCACUAUCCGGGCGUGGCGCACGGUGCUCUUGUUCGGGGUAGCGAUAAGGAACCAGGCGAGCUACUAGCAAUGGUUAGGGCAAAGAAUGACGCUGUUAACUGGUUCAACCAGUUCUUACACGAGCCGUAGGUUGACUGUUCAGACUACGAUCAAGACUGAUAUCACAGUUGAAUGUAACCAAUAACGAAACUGGGUAGGCGAGAGGGUUAGGUGCUAAGGUACUUACAACUCGUUGCCCUUGUACUAGGAAUAUGAUGAUCUACGAUAUACUACUUCGAUUAUUUUAGCAAUAGCGACAAGCUACAUCAGUUACAUCUCUCCU